AUGCGCAUUUUCACACUUCUAUCCCACCUGCUACUUGAGAUCAACCUGGCGUCGGCAUUGAAUAAGCACGAUCUCAGGCACGUCAAGCGUGGCGGGAAGACCGAUGCCACUCUCUACGCAUACGGCGCCGACUCCGCGGGCUGGCCCAUUGCCUACGGCUUAGAUGACGGCCUCUUGUAUAUCGCUGAAGAUCCCGACAACAGUGAAGCCAACCUGACCCCCUUGACCUGGGACCUGGCAUCGAUCACCGACGAGUGCUGGAUUGCCAAUGCCACCUUUAUCAACGGAAAGCGUGCUGGAUGCAUGUACAUCAUGGACGAGAGAGAAUACGCUGUUGGGAUUCUACCCCAAACCCGCGUUGCCUAUGUCAACGGCACGGUCACAGGCUUCGGAUUGUUCGCCUCGCAGCUAGUGUAUAACAACAACACUCUUCUCCAGGCCCAAUUCUGGGCUCGUGCGACCAACUUCACCGACACGUAUGGGUUGACCUGGACGCUCGACGAUGGGGAGCCGAGCGGGGAGUUUCCUGUCGUGGUCAAGGCCUCAACAACCUCGACAUGAGCAUUCAUUCAUCCACAAACGGACAUCGGUGACAUCUCUGGGUAUUGAGACCAUUCUAGAUCAUCCUACCAGCUAUCCUGUCUCCCAGCUAAGGUCAACCACUUCUUCAUCAGUCCAACAAAAGCG